UCAGAGAGCCACCUAGCCGCAACCCCCUUUUCCCCCAGCCGUCUCCCGAAGCAUCCCCUUCCAAAACCCUCGCCGCAGUCGCAGCCGCAGCCGCAAGCCACCCUUUGCUUCCGCACGCUAGCGCCCGGGACAAGCCAUCCAUGGCGGCGUCGCUGCUCCUCCGCGCCGUGCGCCGAAGGGAGCUCGCGUCCCCUCUCGGAUCCUUGGGCGCCAGCUUACAGUCAACAUGUGCUGCCAACGUAUGCUCAAAAUGGGGAAAUUUUGCAAGACCUUUUAGUGCAAAAGCUGCUGGAAAUGAGGUUAUUGGGAUUGAUUUGGGGACAACUAACUCAUGUGUUGCUGUUAUGGAGGGAAAGAACCCAAAAGUUAUUGAGAAUGCUGAAGGUGCGAGAACAACACCAUCUGUUGUUGCAUUUACUCAGAAGGGCGAAAGACUUGUUGGAACUCCAGCCAAGCGCCAAGCAGUAACCAAUCCCCAGAAUACUUUCUUUGGAACAAAGAGGUUAAUCGGGCGACGCUUUGAUGAUCCUCAGACACAGAAAGAGAUGAAGAUGGUGCCAUUCAAAAUCGUGAAGGCUCCAAAUGGUGAUGCUUGGGUUGAAACAACAGAUGGGAAACAGUACUCACCAAGUCAGGUCGGUGCAUUUGUGCUGACCAAGAUGAAGGAGACAGCUGAAUCUUACCUUGGCAAGUCUGUCUCAAAGGCAGUGAUUACUGUUCCAGCUUAUUUCAAUGAUGCUCAGCGUCAGGCCACAAAGGAUGCUGGCCGAAUUGCUGGCCUUGAUGUUGAAAGGAUCAUCAAUGAACCUACAGCAGCCGCUCUGUCCUAUGGAAUGAACAACAAGGAAGGCUUGAUAGCAGUAUUUGAUCUUGGAGGAGGAACUUUUGAUAUCUCUAUUCUGGAGAUCUCAAACGGAGUUUUUGAGGUAUCUCUUAACCUUCAAGACUAA